UCACACUCAUGACUCCAAAUUUGAGAACACUCCACAGUCUGCUAGAUUUGUGAAACCCGCUCCUCUGCUUCUGCUGGAAAAUUAUUCAACAUUCAACAGACGUAAAGAAUUGAUUUUGAGUUUUUUUUUUAUUGAUCAGUCUACCCGGAUUUGAACUGGGCAAAAAAGGAUUUGCAGAAGGAGUGAAUUCAAUCGUUUUUAAUGGCUCUUGGACGGCCAACACCAUUUAUAUAGACAGCAGAGUGGUGGGGACAGCUUCUUUUUGUAUGUGAUACUGAUUAAUUGUCCAUUCCCUGUAGUGGGUUGAUGUUAGUAUGGUAAUAUGAGAGCAAAAGGGUAUCAGAAAAUCAAAAUUAAGUAGCUGUAGAUAUGGGUGUGGCGAAAGUGUGGAGGUAUAGUUGUGGGGUAUUGGCUAAUACCCAGAAGCAGCAUUUCUUCUUUAGCUGUUGGUUAUGGAGGCGACCGAUCUCAUGUACCAAAGUUUGUGGGUUCAUGCUGUUUGCCUUAGGUUUGAUUUCCCUCUUCACCGGUUAUGUUGCAUCCAAUCUUGAAUUGUACUCUCAGAGACUCGCCAAAGGUGCUUGGUUUUACAAACAGGAUGGGGACGCACCAAUUGAUAUUUGGAAGUCAAGGUAUUCAACUUCUUACUAUGGAUGCAGUGAGAGAGGCCCUCGCUUUGCUUCUGCUGUGAAUGUGCGAUCUUCAAAUGGAUAUCUACUUAUUGCAACUAGCGGAGGACUCAACCAACAAAGGACUGGAAUAACUGAUGCUGUAGUUGUAGCGCGGAUUCUUAAUGCCACUUUAGUCGUACCUGAGUUGGAUCAUCAUUCAUUUUGGAAGGAUGACAGUGAUUUUUUCGACAUCUUUGAUGUUAAAUGGUUCAUCUCUUACCUUGCGAAGGAUGUCACUGUUGUUAAAAGAGUUCCAGAGAAGGUCAUGAGGUUAAUGGGAAAACCUCCAUAUACCAUGCGCGUUCCUAGAAAAUCAGAACCUGAAUAUUACGUGGACCAAGUAUUGCCAGUACUCUUAAAGAGACGUGUUCUUCAGUUGACAAAAUUUGAUUUUCGGCUUGCUAAUGACCUUGACGAGGAGCUACAAAAAUUGCGUUGCCGUGUGAAUUAUCAUGCUUUAAGAUUUACUAAGCCCAUAAGGAAUUUUGGUCAGAAACUUGUAGUGCGUAUGCGAAAAAUGGCAAGACGUUUCGUUGCAGUUCAUUUGAGGUUUGAACCUGAUAUGCUAGCAUUUUCUGGGUGCUACUACGGCGGGGGUGACAAGGAAAGAAAUGAACUGGCUGAGAUAAGAAAAAGAUGGGCUACUUUACCUGAGCUGAUCCCUGAUGAAGAGCGAACACGAGGAAGAUGCCCCUUAACACCCCAUGAAGUUGGACUUAUGCUGCGGGCGCUUGGAUUCAAAAAUGACACAUAUCUUUAUGUUGCAUCCGGUGAAGUAUAUGGUGGAGAAAAAACUCUGCAGCCACUAAAGGAGCUGUUCCCAAACUUCUAUACCAAAGAGAUAGUUGCUGGUGAUGAGCUGAAACCUUUUCUUCCCUACUCUUCUCGUCUUGCAGCAAUCGACUAUGUUGUGUGUGAUGAAAGUGAUGUCUUUGUAACCAACAAUAAUGGGAACAUGGCUAAGAUCCUUGCUGGUAGUAGGAGGUACAUGGGGCACAAGAGGACCAUCAGACCAAAUGCCAAAAGACUCAGUGCUUUGUUCCAGGCUCGAAAUAAGAUGGACUGGGACACAUUCUCUAGAAAGGUGAAAUCAUGCCAAAGCGGAUUCAUGGGUGAACCUGAGGAAGUGAGACUGGGCCGUGGAGAGUUUCAUGAAUAUCCAUCCUCGUGUAUCUGUAAGACACCAUUCAAUCAUUCAAAUUUCAUAGAAAAAUACAACAAUCAUACUCCCAGUGCAAAUCCAAGUCUUCUGGAUUCAAGAUAUAGGUACAUACGCAAUAGCAGCGACCUUGAUGAUAAGAUCUUGCAGAAACUGUAUUAGUGGAGGAAAUUUGACAGGACAGAUAAAGAUAUUAUUAUAAGAGACCCCUAGGACCUGGAGAAUUAGUUCAAUUGUAAAGACGCAACACGUCAUGGACUUGAACCAUGUCAAGCAAAAGGCAUAUUAUUUAUAUUUGGAGGAGGGUAGGGGGGCAGGGAAUAUACUCCCUGAAGUUUCAGACCUGUGCGCGAAGUGCACUCAAGCCACAAGCCUACAGAAUGAGUGAAUCGUUGAUCUGACUAUGUAAGUUACUUGGGUAAGUGUUGUACCAUUGUCAUUUUGACACUGUAUUUAAGUGCCUUCUUUUGGCAGAACUUGAGGGACUGAAUCCCUGCACUUGACACUGUCAUUGUCCAGAUUUCGUGUUUUUGGUUCACCGCUGUUUCUCUAGAAAGCGAUUUUUGAUGUGCUGCAAUUGUUAAUAUACUUUUCUGUAAGAUAUGUA